GAUGCCUGAUUCGAUGGAUAAUAAUAAAAGCAGCGGGGCGGAUAAGAGACGGACAUCCGACUCUAAGACGAAUGGUGAAGAAUCUGGUGAUGAUAAGGAUUCUAUACCUACUGCUAUUAAGAAAGAACGUCGAUCCAGCGAAGGCGGAAACAGUGGAGGCUGGGGCGAGGACGAAUCACUUGUUAAACCUGCAAUUAAUGCGAUUGACAGUUUGUUGGCGGAAGAACAAAUUAAUGCCAAACAGCAAUCGAGUAAGGCUCAGCCAUCCACGUCGGCAUCGUCCGCUUGCAAAAUGGAAAUAGAGCCCAAUGACAGGCACGUUCCUCCGAGGCCAAUUUUGGCCGUUCCGCCCGUUCAACAGCAUCAUCCGCCGCCGUUGAUUUCAACUCAGAUAAAGGAAGAAGUUAAGGACGUUUGGGAAAAGCCAACGCCCGUCAAUUCUAGCCGUCCUCACGGUCCACCGCCUCCUUUGAAGCGUUUAGAAAAUGAAACGACUCCGGAUAUUAAUUCGCACAAACUCAACAUAUCUAGUACGCAAACCAAUGUGCUUGAUAACCUACCACCUAGGAGAUCAAGUAUAGAGACGCUAUCGCACAAUUCUCAAACACCAAACUCUGAAAUAAUCGAAUCGCCAACUCCAAGUGAAACGACUGUCAAACGAGAAACGAAUGUACCGGAUACGGACGAAGAAGCGGCGACCAGUGUUGUUGAAAGUACUCCAGAAGUUGUAGACAGAGUUGAGAAGGAGUAUGCAAAUGCCAUUAUUAUAAGGCGAUUGGAUAGAGGCGGCAACUCUUGCAGUAGAACUGAUCUUAUAUAUGCCAUAAAACCAGGAUCGAAAUUCGCUAAGAGGAAAGCAGCAAGGGCAGAGGGCAAUCGCCAUCCAUCCACAAAAUCGGCGCCUAAGGAGGAGAAGAUUAGGAAGACGCCGCCGGAAAAUAAGACAGCCGACGCACAAGUCUUAUCACACGUACACAUGCUGAAUAACCGACCCGCUCCGCCGAUAUUUAACUCUGAUACCCCCGCCCUGCAUCAACUCAGGGCGUACAGCGAUAGAGCUUAUGCUUUGGGCUUAGGGCAAACAGCCGUGUCCCAAGCGCCAUACGGAGGUUUAAAUAUGACGCCGGAUAUGAACCAGAGGGUUAUUUAUACUACUUCGCAAUCAAGUCGUGAGAGGUUGGAGGCUGAAUUAUUGCGCGAUAAGCAAGAGAGGGAUGCUAGAGAGAGGGAAAUGAGGGAAAGGGAACUACGGGAAAUAGAAUUGCAGGAAAAAAUGAAAAGAGAAUUAGAAAUGAAACCAGGUUCUUCAGCCACAUCACCUACAGCUACCUCGAGUCAAGUAGCCGAAGCGCAAUUUCUCCAAAUGCAAAGAGACUACGCGCUAAGGGGUCUACCGCUACCUCCUGGACCGGGCCUUUUACACGGAGGUUUGACCUUUCCCGUCCCUACCGGUAUUUACCCACCAGAUAUUCUACAACGCGAACGCGAAAGAGCUUUGGCCGAAAGAAUGCAGGCGGAAAGAUCGAUGGCCCUCAACGAUCCUUUAGCCAGAUUACACAUGCAUCCGCUAAUGGGUUCACAAUCGUUUCCGACGCCACCUGCCGGAUAUCCUCCAGCCCUUUUAGAGAGGGACACCCUGAUCCAGCGUCAACUCAUAGCCCAGCAAAUGCACCACGACCUCAUUCAACGAGGACACCAUUUCGCCCCACACUAA